AGCAUUAGAAGGAGGGACGCAGAGGGACGAGACUGACGAGAGUCACGACAGGUGCAACUCUCAAGCGGUACUAGGCUGGAUUGUACGAGGUCGCACGUUGAUGUCAGUCUGCCCGACCGGAGGAACAGUGAUUUGAAAAAGCGCUAUAUUUACACGGCGAUUCCUGGAACGACCCAAAAAAAAAUUGUGUUCUCACAACAGCAGCUUAUACCGAUCCACUUUACGACGAGCACAACUGUAACGACUGGAAAAAUGGCUGUACCGUCAGAGAAUGUCAUGAAUACAAACCUCGACGAUCCUAUAACAAAGGCAGUGGUCGAUAAUAUAAUGGGUAACCUGCCUACAAAAAAGCCUCUUGUUCGAUGCGAAGACUGUGACCUUUCCUUUACGAGUCAGGCAGUAUUAGAUACGCACCUGCAGGGUGCACGUCAUGCCAAACAAGUAAGAUCUAAGAAUAUAAUGGCAACUCUUGAAGAAACAAAGAUCUCAUUUACAAAGGAUGAAGAAACUAAUGGGCUCAAAUGCAAUGUAUGCAACGUGUGCCUGAAUUCUAUUCAGCAACUACAAACACAUCUCAAUGGAAGCCGUCAUAAAAAGAAAUUAAUGAGAGGUGGAUGGGGUGGCAAGACCCGAUGUCCUGCAUUGCCGGCGGGUAAAUUACCUGUUUCCUUGAGAACGACCUAUCUUAGAUGCAAUAUAUGUAACAAGUUCUUCAACUCUAUUUCUCAAUAUAAUUCGCAUAUAAAUUCAGACAAACAUGCUUACAAAGCGAGCAGAUCUCAUAAGGAUCCAAAUAAUAAAAAAAUUGUUCCAUAUUGGAGACCAAAACGAAAUAAGCCUCCCAAGGAAUAGAUACCAUCUCUGUCGCUCAGCCUUGUUUCUGGCAAUUUUACAUAUCCGCAAUAAGUUACAUAAUUGGUGCAUUUUAUUUGAGUUAUAUAUUUCGAGAUAGUUCGAAAUAAUGUCCUAUUAAUUAAUAAAUCAUGAUAAUAUAGAUGUAACAGACGGAGAUUCCUCGGUAGAUCUGCUCAUGUCCUUGCUACACAUAGGACAAUAUGCAUACGGCAGAAAGAAAUUCAAGAGAAAGCCAAGCUCCUUCUCGGACUUGAUAUUUAGUGCCUAAU